UAUUUUGUACAUUUUGUACAUUCAAAGAAUGGCCGAGAGCCUGAGAAGCAGAGAUUAAGGGAAAUUUGGGAUGUAUUGAUUUUCAAGCGAACAGAUAGUAUUAGUGAAGACAGCACUGCGAAGUUAGGUGUUCUGUUGCAUAUUUUUCAUUUUUAGGACAACAAGGAUAACUGCUUCAAAAGCAUCCCAGAGGGUCUGUGGUGGGCGAUAGUGACAAUGACCACAGUAGGCUAUGGCGACAUGGCGCCCAAGACCUAUGCUGGAAUGUUUGUUGGUGCCCUUUGCGCCCUUGCGGGGGUUCUGACCAUAGCUUUGCCGGUGCCCGUCAUAGUUUCUAAUUUUUCGAUGUUCUACUCACACACACAGGCACGGGCAAAGCUUCCGAAACAAAGACGUAGCGUCCUACCAGUGGAACAACCACGUCGCAAGAAAACGGAACAACCCACAAAUCGAAGAAUGAAUGCUAUCAAGCACAAUCCCGUAGCCUUAAAGAACCAAUUUGAAGAUAAAUCUGGCGAUAAUAAUGGUGUCAAUUUGAUAGGUUUAGCUCUACAAGGACCAUCAAUGCCUAGUAUAGCAGUACUGCAUCACAAUGGGCCAUACACCAUCCCCAUAAGACCGGAUAUACCAAGUCCGUCUGAAAUUCCCCCCAUAGCUCAAAUCAUCACCCCCCUCCGACCCCGUCCAGCCACUGUGGGCAGCGUGGAUGUGCUUCCCCUGCAACCUAAAUACCUACCCACUUUCGACCGUGAGCGACGGUCGGAACCCAGAGAGACUACGAGCUAUCAAGAGAACCUGGUAGCAUGCAAGUCGGAGCAGUUUACAUCAAGGUUUUUCAAUGAAGUAUGUCCUAGUCUGACAGAAAAAGAGAUUAGCCCAGCGAGCGUCCCAGCAAUGGCGAUAGGCAGUUCCACAGAGGUCUUGGUGAGCAUAGUAGAGAAUCAAGCCAAGCUGCGUAAACGGUCACUUAUGACGAUGCCUUGCGAUCCCAGGAACCUGGAAUCAGCUAUGGAGAAGGACUCUCCUGACUUCGAGAACCUCAAGUCGCCCAGCACUGAGUUUACCACCUCGACGGUGGAGUCGACACCUGCGGAGGAACGUGUAAGGGCCGAGUGUGAUAUUAGCAGGCGUGGUAGUGACAAAUACAUCGUGUACUAGUUGAGGGAUCAGUGUUUCAUGAUAAUUUAUAUUAUAUUGUUGCGACUCAUUGGAUAGAAGGAUUUCUUAUCGUUGUUGUAACACCAUAUCGUCGCUAAGGUACUAACACUGCGUAACUAAAAAAAUAAUUAAUAAGGUAUGCGUGUACUUGAAAAGAGUCAUCAGUAAACAGUAUUUCAAGGACUUAGGGGCCAAACAAGCAUGGGGAAUUAUAAAACAAGAAUGUGAUUCGAUAAGGGAUCCAAAGACCCACCGUUAUUUUUGCUCUCCUAAAAAGUUGUCAGUUUUGAGAGAUGCGAUAUUAGAACUUGCGCGCUUUUGACUACCAAUUCUUUACAAGCAUUGCGUAUUUCUAAUUAGCCGUUUAGUACUAUAAUUCAUGAAUACUGAAUACUAAUUGAUAAAAGUUUGUAUAUCUUUUUUCGUAAUUUGCCUUCAAUAGAGAAUUCUGAAAUAGUCACUUUUAUCCGAUGACUUGCAAUAACAAGAUUCGAAGAUUUUUACUAUAAUGCAUAUCUAAGUGUGAAUACGACACAAAACAUCAUUAUUAUCACUGUUGUCAGUUCUAUUAUCAGUGUGGUUAGUCAAUGGUAUGAUUUGAAUAUGGGCCAAUAAUAACACAUUUUUUUAAGGUUUUACAUUUAGUCUGAUAGACUGAUUAUUGAAUCGGACCCUUUCUGUUCUAAAUACUCGUAUGAGUGUAAAGCAGAUCCAUGGUUUUGGUUGAUUAUUGCACGUUUAGACUGUCUAUCGAUAGUUUAGAAUCCCGAUUUAGUCAAAGAAAAUUUGAGACUUUUUAUAACUCAUAUGCAUUUAGAGGGACCAAAAACUUUUAAAUUGAAUAAAAAUAGAAAGCAUAAAAAGUACAAAAUAAACUAAGCAGUAGAGGUUUUGGCCAUAUGUCCAAAAAUAGUUUUUUAUUAGAUAUUAUAGGAAUAUUCCGUCCCUGGAAACAACUCAAAUUUCAACUAGAUAACAUCUAUGAGAUUUUUAUAUUUGAGUAUCGUAGAACAUUUGAAUCUUGAACUAUCACCAACAUUUUUUUAUUCUGGUGCUUCAAUGCUUUUAAGUACCCAGACUUCGUCAUUUUUGCAUUUUGGUCCAAAACUUACCAUUUUGUAAUAAUUAACUCAAGUAUAUUUAAAUAAGCGCAUGGUCCACUUUCCACUUCAAAUCAAUAAUAACACAUAACAAGGCACAAAAUAUUAAUACAAAUAAUAGUGUUGCUCUAGUACGCUCACAUUAAAAACAAAAAAUGCUGUCACAGUAUAAUAGAUCAUUGAUGUCCGUUUUUGUUUUUAUUGUGGGCGCAGUGUGAAAUACAAUCAGGUGCUGAAAAAGCAAAAUAUUCAUGCAAGUUUAAAAUAAAUACGCUUUAAAAUAUUUAAAUGUACAAACUUCGUAGAUGGAAUCAAUAUGAAUUAUUUUCAGAGCCGAGCCGAGCAUAUAGAGCUUGAUGCUUCUACCAAGCAAAUCUAAACUUUAUAUUUUCAUCACAAGUUUAUAAACUUGCCAUGAUCAACUGAAACUUAUGGAAGCUUUGACCUUGCUACAUCAUCAAGUAUUAUGUUAUUUCCUUCUUACUACCAAUAGUUAGGACUGAAUGAAAAAGUAUUUAUUCAUGAGACAUUUUCCAUAAAAAUAAUGUUAAGCAAGGCUCGUGUAGACCCAAGCAUAGUGAGCCACAGGAUCAGUAUAGAACCGAAAAUAAUACACUGCUCAUUCAAAUAAUGGCAACGAUGCAGCGCGUAAUGCCACUGUUACGUUAAUGGUCUUAAAUGCAAGUUGACAGCAACUAAACAUUUUUAAUAUGAUAUGAUUUGUUGUGUUACUAGAAGUCAUAAUGAAUCAAAAUCGCAUAUUGACGCGUUUAUUCUUUCCAACCAAGUUUUUAUUUAUUGAAAAGUUUCCUAAUUGAAUAUCAACAUGUAAGGGGGUAAUCUUUGGGUCCAUCUUAAGAAGUAAACCUUACAUGAACCUAUGUCCCCUGAAGAUCUUAACGGCACGCCACCGACCUUUCUUAUAGAUAAAAAAAUUGUAGUAGUAGUACAUACCAUUCAGGUUUUUCGGGCUGUUAAGCCGUAUUGGGGUUGGAUUUUUCGGCUACAUCUGCGGUAGCCACCUUCAGUGGCACUGUCGGCGAGAGCGAAGUGCUCGGCUUGGCGGGUCGACUGAAACUGAUCGGUCAACUGGAUGGGCGUACGGUUUUAUAGGCGAUCGGCAGACUGAGGACUGAGCUGUCUGAUAGGGGAGUCUGGGUCUCUUGAAUGACGUGGUUUUUGUGCUGUGUUUUUUAGAAUUGGGAACCACGUUUUGUUUAAAGCCAGGCCUUCAGUUUGGUAGAACAGAACAUUGUGGCCGUCUUGGAGUGCGUGUUUGGCUACCUCUGAUUUAUCAGUUUGUUCCAGUCGACAGUUUCUUUCAUAUUCCUUGAUGCGUGUUCGGUACUUUACCACAGGAACACGGUAUUCUGUAUACGCCGUCACCGCUCAAGGGGUCCCUAGGGUCCUUUACUGAUGUUAGGAGUUGCUGGAUUUUAUUUGUCGGCUUGUAGAUGGUCUUGACGUUGCGUUUCUCAGCAACCUACCUAUUCUAUCUGUAAUGCCUUUAAUGUAUGGUAGAAAGGAGACUCCCGUAGGUGGUUCCUUGUCUCCUGCCGGCGGUCUGCUUUUUUGUCGUGAAACCUGCUUUAUUUGUUCCCUGCUAUAGCCUUUUGCUUGUAAGACUAUGGUAACAUGAUCCACUUCCCCCUGCAGGUAUUGAGGUUCACAGAUUUGGUGUGCCCUGUCUAUCAGAUUUUUAGUGACACCUCUUUUUUGUCCAGGAUGAUGGUUGUGUAGAUAUUUGUCAGUGUGUGUUGCUUUGCGGUAAACUCUGUGACCCAUCUCUAAGUUCUCUCGUCUUACCACCAGGAACGCCAGUUGACUGUCCUCUUCUAUCUCCAUUGUGAAUUUGAUUUUGGGGUGACUGCUGUUUAGGUGAUUUAGGAUGACUGCUAGUUAUGUUCUUUCGUGGCUCCAUACCACGAAGGUAUCAUCCACAUACCGUAGCCAACAACUGGGACGAUUGGGAGCGGUGUUCAGUGCCUCUUCCUCGAACUUUACUAUGUAUAAAUUGGCAAUUAUAGGUCUUAGCGGACUUCCCAUUGCGACGCGUCAGUUUGUUCAUAAAAUUGAUUGUUCCACCGGAAAUAUAUACUUGUUAUGGUGUGUCGGAACAAGGUCAGGAUAUCCUCUGGAAAAACUUGCUUUAGCUAAUCCAGUGAUAGGUCUAGUGGGACAUUUGUGAGAAGUGACACUACAUCAAAACUGACCAAAAUGUCGUCUGGCGUGAGCCGGAUGUUCUGUAUCUUUCUUAUGAAAUCGGUGGAAUCCUUGACCUACUACUGGCUAUGACCGAUUUGAGGCUGAAGCAUGUUCGUUAGAUGUUUCGCUAGUUCAUAAGUAGGUGACCCGAUCGCACUGACUAUAGGUUUAACGGGGACAGAUGGCUUGUGAAUUUUUGCUAGACCGUACAAUGUGGGUAGAAGUUUUGAUGUAGUGACUCUUUUCACAAAUGCGCCACUAGACCUAUCACUGGAUUACCUAAAGCAAGUUUUUCCAGAGAAUAUCCAACAAGACCACGGCUCAACAGCCCGAAAAACCUAAAUGAAAUUAGAAUUAGCCGUGAAAGACUUCAUCCUUCAAGUAGUAGUAGAGUCUGUAUUCAUUUAUGAGAAGAUCUGAUCUCUUGAAUCUUUUUAUUCCGACGAGCAGUUUUCGCCUAAAAAAGUAAGCGAUACUGUUAUGAUCAUGCAGAGAAACGGUUUUCAUUUUUUUAAGCGAAAGCCGUGCAUUGAAUCGAAAAAAGUAAGCAAUCGAAUAUGUUUAUAAAUGACUGGGGAUUUCUAGAGUGAUUAUUAUUUGAAGAAAAAUCAAUGUCUGCUAAAGUAGACAAGUGAAAUUCCAAACAAACGCCUCGGGUGGAAGAAAAUAAAGUAAAUAAUGUGGUACAUCAAAAAUGCUUCUGAUUGAAAUAUCUGAACUGGUAUUAAGAGACAUUAUAUAUCUCUCGUAUAAAGCUUUCUUCUUAAAAUGGAUCCAACAGCUUAAAUAUUGACAUUAAUUAAUAAAAUCAACAGUUUUCGAAGUUUUUCAAUUUCUGUAAUAUACCAACAAAGACAUUUUGCCCUAAGUAAUAAAAAGCUUCGUAUGAUAGAUUUUCUUGGUUUGCACGUAAAUUAAGCGAUUGUAACCCGACUACAGUAACCCAAAGGAGUGUAUUUUUUAUUGUGCUAUCAAGACUAAUCAAAUGUUAAAAUCCAUCAAGUCAUUUCAAGUUUAACCCAUGAGACAUAAAUUUCAAGGCUUAAGCUUAAUAUCCACCAUUUUGAUCUUAUAAAAUUUUGGUAUACAUCGGGUCACUCUCUCUCUCUUCCAUGAUCAAUCAAGACGUUUAAGCUGUAGCGCAUGAAGCAGAAAUUUAAAACUUUUUUUAUUAAAAUUCGCCAUUCUAUUAUUAUAAAUCCCACCAUCACUUGUAGUGCUAAGGCAAAACUAACGACACUCACAUGUCAAAAUCCAUCAUGCCGUUUAAGCAGUAGCCUGUGAAAUAGGAGUUUCAAGGGUAAACCUAUCUUCAACAUCCGCAAUUUUUUUAGUAAAUUUGAAUGUAGUCAACAUUUUUGUCGUACUGCUGAGAACAAUUCAAGAAUAUCUCUCAUAUCAAAAGCAACUAAGCUGUUUAAGCUUCAGCUUGUGAAAUAGGAAUUUUAAGGUUGAUUGUCUUAUUAAAAUCCGCCAUUUCGUUUUUAUAAAUCUUUUGUUACAAAGAUACAUAGGUGUACAUACCCACGCGCCAAAAAAUUACAGUCGGGUGAAAAGUCCGAAAAUAGUAACUAUACAAAGAAAUUAACAGUUAUUCUAAGAAACAGAAUGAUUUCCUUUUCAGUUUUCCUCAGAACAAUUUUGUUAAGAAUUACUCGUACAUUAAACUAUAAAUUAUUAGAACGACUUGUCAGAUUUCUAAAAUGCUCUUAAAUGAUCAUUUUAAUAACUAUUUCUAAUAAAGAUACUAAUUUCUCAGAAGUCAUUCUCAGUUCAAGCCGAGCUCGCGAGAUGGUAGUCAGGUAUUUAUUUACUUUCUAGCUCCUUUUAUCACCUUUGAGGUAAAAGGGGAACCAUUAUUAUGAAAUCAUGGUCUGAUCUACAUUGGUUUGACCGUCUAUUUGUAAAAAAUAUGAUAAUAUGAGUGUUUUUCAGUAAUUUUUUGGCUUACUGUAAUUUUUAAUACUAGUUACGACCCUGUUCUAAGAAAUACUGAAAACGAAAAAUAUAUUUCGGGUUAUUGUUGAAAAAUUACAAAAAUUGAAAAAUCUAAAAAAAUUCAUAUAUAUGGGGUGACAUGUUUUGCAAUUCGGGCUUCUUAUCAUGUCCCGGAAAUGAUCCGGCAAAUUACUACUAUGCUUAAAUAUGUUUUCCAACAGUAAUAGUAAACAGGAGGGCGCAUAAGACCUGUGUUAGGCCUAAGACAAAUUCGAUAAAAAUUAAGGGAUAUGGCGAUCAAAACGUUUGAAGGGAAUUUCGAGGUAAUAACAAAAAACGUCGAGGAAUCAAGACUACGAGAUUAAUUUCGAAAUUACUUUCUUUUUUUUGUAGUAUGAUUUUAAACAUCUAAAAAGAUUCUAUAAUAUACUCUAUAAAGUUUUCUAGAACCUCACAUUGCAAUCAGUCCUUCAUCGUAAUUAGUUUUCGAGAUAUAACACGUGACGUAUUCAACCUGGUUUGAAUAGAUGAUAAUUACAGCGGAGCUCAGCCGCGAAGUAUUUGUUAAUCGUAAACGAUAUUAAAUCAUAGACUUCUAUACAGGGUGUCUGCGAAAGAUUGAGAAAUCUCGAAACUGGACAUACUACAGACCAAAAUAUGUGGAUUGACCUAAACAUACCUCAGUCCAAAAGUUGGUAGCUUGCGAGAUACAGGGUGUCAAAGUUUCAAUUUUAUUUUCUAUUUUUCCUUAUUGCUUGAGAAGUAUUUCAGAUUUUGGCAUUAAGCUCGGUAUAGGGAGGUUUUCAAGUAUGAGAAACAAAAAUCCGAUAUUUUUUAUAGCAAACAUAUAGGGGGCGCCACUUGCAGCACUAUUUCGGUAAAAAACUUAUCAUAACUUUUUUGUGCUACUCUGUAUAAAACAACUGACCGAAAAAUCUUAUUAUCUCGUACUUCCACAACAAAAAAGGUUUACAUGUUAGAAGUGUCUAAAACUAAUAUUUUUUGAGAUAUUUGUUUUUAAAGCAACAUUUUGCAAAUCCGUACAUUAAAUAAAUAUCAGAAUAUUCAUCAAACGUAUACUCCAUGAUGUUUAAGAACUAAUUGUCAACUUAAACUUAUUCAUGAAGUUUAAAGCAAUAUUAUGACAAACAUUAGAAACCAUAACAACGCUACUCAGAUGUUAUGCAAAGCAACUUGAUUAUUGUGUUAAAAAAGUAUUUUAUCAUCAUGGUACAAAUAAUGCAUUGGAACUUAUGACGCCCUCUAGAAGUUUGGCCAUAAAAAAUAACGGAUUUUUAUUUCUCAUACUAGAAAACCUCCCUAUACCGAGUUUUGUGCCAGCAUCUGAUAUACUUAUCAAGCAAUAAGGAAAAAUAAUAAAUAAAAUUGUAACUUUGACACCAUAUUUUGGUUUGUAGUAUCUCCAGUUUCGAUGUUUCCCAACCUUUUGCAGACAUCCUGUAUAUGUUGCUAUUUGGGGGCCAAGUCAUCAUACUCAUCCAAAUGGGCUCUUUGAUUUGUCAGUUUCCAUUUGAUACUAAUAUCGUUCUCCACUGACAUGCACUAAGUCAUCGCAAAUGGAAUUGCAAUUCCGGUAACGGUGUAGGGCAAUAUGAAGUGGAAGCGCAAUAGUGCGGAAACACAAUCAAUGCAGGACGGAUAUUCAUCAAUUAUUCCACAACCUAUUUGAGUUAUGUAUAUGACCUAUUAUUUAUCAUAUUUCUUGCUUAUACCACCAUAGCGAAGUUCACAAAUUUUGAGGAACUUGUACAAACGACGUAGUAUUUAGGAAGAUAAUGUAAACUAGCAAUGAUGUUCCCAGAGGAGCACACGAUAACAAAGAAAAAUGCACUGAAGAACCUGGCAGCACAGCCCAAUAAGACGUGCGUAAAUAGUGCAAAAGUGCAUGCCGGUGGAAAACACUAUUUCUUUGAAUGUGUGAAUUUCACACUGACAUUGAUCGCUGCAGUGUUGUGGUAUCUUAAGCGCUGGCAAUAUGUAUUUAUAAUAGAUUUUGGCCUGACGAUUUUCUAUGUUUUAUAAACCGCAAUGAACAGGGAUAUUCAAAUUAUGAUGUAGAUGUAUUCUAUUUGUGUACACUAAAACCUUAUUAUAGUUCUCCCGAUAUGCCUCAAACCUAAAUGAAACAAUUGUUAAAUGUUGUCGUACCACUAUGAAAAUGUUUAUGUUAUACCACAUCUUUUUGAGUUUUUAGUAUGCAGCA